UACCGAGUGGUAUACCCAAGUAUAUCUUAGUAUUGACUGCCAGAGUCUCGUCAGUCUUGAAUGAAUACUCCCAACCUGAAGGACUGCCUGAAUUCCCCGAAUCAACACCCAUCCCCAUCAGUAGUAGACCACCGGUCUUGGCCGUUGCCUGGCCCCUUACCUGUCCUGCGGCCACUUGUCUCGCUUUCUCUCACUUCAUCUCUCUCCUUCUCCCUUACCGGACCACCUUUUCCCCAUCCACGCCGGUGGAGCUCCUCCGUCACCUCGAUUUCCCCGUCCUGCCACGGGCUCUCUCGCUUUCGCUCUUCCCUUCCCUCUCCGGCUUUGCUCGGUCGCCUCGUCCGAUUUUGAAUGAUCCGCCAGAACCCCCGACCGUCGUCAUCAUGGCUCAGUACUUUUUCGACCUGCUAUACAACUUCACCGAUUGCAUGUGCUGUUUCCCCAGCACGCCGCAACUGAAGAUCAACAACCGCAGCUUCAAAUUGCUGCGCCUGCUCGGUGAAGGCGGUUUUUCCUACGUCUACCUCGUGCAAGAUAAAUCCACCUCCGAGCUGUUUGCGCUGAAGAAAAUCCGAUGUCCGUUCGGCCAGGAAUCCGUCUCCCAGGCGCUGAAAGAGGUGGAGGCCUACAACCUAUUUACGAACCAGACGAAUGUCAUCCACUCGAUAGACCAUUGCGUCUCCACGGAGCCAGGCUCCAAGUUCCGAUCGGAUGGAGGGGAUCCCGGCUCUAAGACCGUCUACAUCCUGCUGCCGUACUACCAGCGCGGAAACCUCCAGGAUUCCAUCAAUGCCAACUUGGUCAAUCAUACCCGAUUCCCCGAAAAGCGACUGAUGGUGUUGAUGCUGGGAGUCGCCACGGCCCUGCGAUCGAUGCACCAGUACCGCGUGAAGAGCGGCGCCGGAACUACCCGCAAAGCGAAGGCCGUCAGACGCGAGGGCGAGGAGGCAGAUGCAGAGGUUGGCAUGCGAAUGCCCAAACCGAAGCGACGCGCCAGCCAGAAGGUGGACGAGGACGACGAGGAGAAUGAGCCGUUGAUGGAUGAUGAGGUUACGAGAAGCCAAGAAGGAAUCCAAGACGGCGAUUUGCGCCCGUAUGCGCAUAGAGAUAUCAAGCCCGGUAACAUCAUGAUCGAUGAUGACGGACAAACCCCGAUUUUGAUGGAUCUCGGCUCGCUGGCCCCCAGUCCCAUCGCCAUUACCUCGCGUUCAUUGGCGUUGGCGGUCCAAGAUACCGCCGCGGAGCACAGUACGAUGCCCUACCGGGCGCCCGAACUCUUUGACGUCAAGACCGGGUCCGUCAUCGACACCAAGGUGGACAUCUGGUCCCUAGGAUGCACGCUCUACGCGUGCUUGGUGGGCAAGAGCCCCUUCGAGGCUCGCAGUGAAGAGACCGGAGGCAGUCUGAGCAUGUGUGUGCUCGGGGGCGACUGGAGGUUCCCCGACGAGAAACCGAGCACCGGCAAGGGCAAAGGCAAAGCCGGCGAGGAAGCGCCCAAGGACGGCGCCACGUCGAUCAGCCCGACCGUGAAGGAGGUCGUGCGGAAAUGCCUGCAGGUGGAACCGGCGGAGCGCCCCGACAUCGAUGAAUUGAUUCAGAUCCUGAAGGAUGUCAUCACGGAGCUCGGGGACGAUGACAACAUGGCCGGUAGCUCGAGUUGAGAGGGAUCUGAAUGCGUCCAACUGAAAUUGCUAGCCUUGUAUUAUCUGUUUUUCUUGCGUCUGGCGUUAUCCGGGCUGACCGGAUUGUAUCAUAUGUGCCUAAUGCUGAACAUAUCUUCUCGGUCUUGUCUCCUGGUGGCGGACUAGUUUUAGUUACAUUCUCAUAUUUCAAUUGCAUUGACUGCAGCGGGUUUUCUGCAGAUAUGGACC